CAUGAGUAUAUAAGCAACGCAUGCGCACCCCUCAGCAUUCAGAACAAGAGCGCCCACCGAAGGUACUCAAGCACCAUGAAGGUUCUAAUUUUGGCUGCUAUCCUGGCGGUGUGCAGAAGUGCGGCAGGCGGCGUGUUGCCAGUGGCGGCGCCCUACGCAUACAGGCCGUACGGGGUCGCGGCGCCGCUGGUUGCGCGGCCCGCUUUCGCAGCACCCUACGCCGUUGCCCCUGCGAUCGCCAAGGUCGCCGCCCCGGUUGAAGAAUACGAUCCCAAUCCUCAGUAUUCUUACGCUUAUGAUAUUCAAGACGCUUUGACUGGCGACUCAAAGAACCAGCAGGAGACCCGAUCAGGCGACGUAGUGCAAGGCUCGUACUCGCUGGUAGAACCUGACGGUACCCGCCGCGUGGUGGAGUACACCGCCGACCCUCACAACGGUUUCAACGCGGUCGUGCACAAGGAGCCGCUCGGCGGGGUCGUGGCGAAGGCUGUCGCAGCCCCCGCCUACAUUCACUAGUCCUGACCACUUAUCCGUUCAGACUGAUCUAGAACUGCAAAAAUUACCUACGUAAUUACAGUGUUGUUGCAAUUCCAUUUACAAUUUUAGGUAAUUAUCAUUGUAAUGGUUUGACAGCAUGUCGUGGAGAGUUCUUCAGUUCACCAUCAAAAAAGGCUUUGGAAACGAUCUAGAUCCGUCUAACCCGUCAAAGUGACCUGAAUAAUUGUAUUACGUUUAUGUUUUAUUUAUGCUUAAUAUGUAGCGUAUUGUUAAUUGAUGUGUUAACUCUGAGGUAAUAAAUAAGGGGAUCUAAA